CAGAACAAAAGUUACCAAGUUGAGUUUGUUUACAAAGUGUUUGAACUGUCAGUGAGUGGCGCCCCCCAAGCGGCGUAAGUUGGCAGCACUGAUGUCCGCCAUUGUGGCGGCGCCAUGACGCACCGGUCGGGGUUGCCAGGCGGCGCGCGCGGCGUCUCCCCGCCGCGUGUCACGUGGGUGGUGAGGUUGGGAGACCCGCCUGCGCUUGGAAAUGCGCCGUAUGAAACGCAUCUUACGCACAGCAAGUACGAGCGAGAGGAUGUACAGAAGAAAACAUUCGCAAAAUGGAUCAACUCGCAACUGGUCAAGAACGGGAAGGCGCUGGUGACGGACUUGUUCGCCGACUUGCGCGACGGCGAGGUUCUGCUGUCGCUGCUCGAGAUCCUCACCGCGCAGCAAUAUAAACGCGAACGCGGUCGUAUGCGCGUGCACCAUGUGAACAACGUGAGCACGGCGCUGCGCGCGCUCAACGAUGCCGGCGUUAGAUUGGUCAACAUCGCCGCCGCAGACGUCGUCGACGGCAACCCCAAGCUAAUACUCGGUUUGGUGUGGAGCAUCAUCCUGCAUUGGCAAGUGCAGUACCAUCUCAAAGAGUUAAUGUCAGAGCUGCACCAUACAAGCUUGGAACGAACGUUGCUAGCGUGGUGCCGCGCGCAUACUCAGGGUUAUGAAGGCGUAGACGUGACAAACUUCACGUCGUCCUGGGCCGACGGUAUGGCACUGAACGCCCUGCUCCACCGCUGGCGACCGCAACUCUUCGACUUCCACGAGGUGGCGCAGCGCCCGCCCAACGAGCGCCUCGACCACGCCUUCACUCUGGCGCACAACUAUCUCGGGAUAGACCGGCUGCUGGACCCUGAAGAUGUAAACACACCAAACCCGGACAAGAAGUCGAUCAUGAUGUACCUGAUGUGUCUGUUCCAAUCGCUGCCGCAUUCGGCGCCCGAGCCGGCCGCGGCGGAGCCCGGCGCGGACGGCGGCCCCGACUCGGAGCCCGCCUCGCCUCUAGGGAACACUGCCGAGGUAUUUAACCGGGAGAGCGGGUCCCGGUCCCGCCCGCUGUCGACGGCCACGACGGGGUCGGGCGAGCUGGGCGGGUACUCGGCGGCGCUGGAGGACGCGCUGGCGUGGCUGCUGGACGCGGAGGAGCGGCUGGGUGCGCGGGCGGCGCCGAGGCCGGGCGCGGUGCUGGGCGAGCUGAAGGAGCACUUCCACGUGCACGAGGCGUUCCUGCUGGAGCUGGCCGCGCAGCAGGCCGGCGUGGGCGGCGCGCUGGCGCUGGGGGCGCGGCUCGCGGCCGACGGGGCGCUGUCGGGGGCCGAGGCGAGAGAGGUGCGGCUGCAGCUGCGGCUGCUGGCGGAGCGCUGGGAGCAGCUGCGCGCGCGCGGCAUGGCGCGGCAGGCCUGCGUGCACGAGGCGCUCAUGAAGGCCCAACAAGAAACUAGACAUGAAUUCCGACAAUGGCUGACGGCGACGGAAGACCGCAUAUCCAAGCUGGGUCCUCUACCCGGUGACACUCCAGAGGAGGUUUCGGCCAGUCUAGCCGCUAUAACUGCUCUACAUGAGGCUCUCCGCGAACAACAGCCUAGAGUAGACGCUUUGGCCGACUGUGUCUUAGUUUUGGAUGAUAAUGAGGACACAGCGGGUGUGGUGGAAAUGGAAGACGAGUUGCGCGCGCUGGGCGAGCGCUGGUCGCACACGUGCCAGUGGACGCUGGCGCAGCUCGCGCGCCUGCAGGCGCUGCGGGACCUGCAGCCCACGGCCGCAGAGGAACAGCUCAAACAGAUGGAAGCGAACCCAGUAUCGACCGUCCAGGAGGUUCUCGAGCGUAUCAGCACGCUCCAACAGAUCAAGCAUUCCGUCUCUCUCCAACAAGCGCUCGCGACACAGCACACGGAGCGAGCCUCCGCCCUGGUAGCCAACGGCGAAGCGGCCGGCGUGGACUUCGCGGACGUGUUCGCGAGGGCCGAGGAGUUACAGGAUAGAGCGGAGGCGUUGCUUAUGAUUUUAGACGUUCAAGCGCAAAGGAUUCGCGAGCAAGGCUUCGAAGUGGAACUGGUGACCACCCAACAAUCUCCAAUGGACGCCUCGAGCACGGUGACGACGACGACGAGCACGGUGACCGUGACGUCACCCGGGGACGCUCGCAGGAGCAAGAAGCCGCGUCUCUCGGGCUCGGGUGGUGGCGCAGACUUCCAGGCCGGGUACAAGCCUUACGAGAACUGGGCUAAGGCCGCUGCGGACACUUUAGAAAAGUGCGCGCGGGACUUGGAGGACUCGUCCGUGUCGCGCGAGACCGUGUCGGGGACCUUGGAGCGGCUCGACAAGGAGCUGUCCGUGCAGCGACAGGACUUCGCCAACGUCGAGGAGAUACAGCGCCGGCUGGCCACUGAUCCGGCGCUCAAAGAGGAGGCCGACCAGCACGCUAAAAUAAUCGAAGAAUUAAAACAACGCUGGGACGACAUCCAACGCGGCGUCACCUCCCUCCGCAACACCAUGAACCUGCUCCAGGACAAGGACAGCUUCCACCGCGCGGCCGCCUCCCUGCGCGACCACCUCCGGGACACGGCGGCCUGGCGGGACCGCGCGCUGCGGGACCGGCCCGGACACAACCAACUCAUACACCUGCGAAACAAGCUGCGCGCGCUCCGGCAGCUCGACAUCAAGCGGAAGGAGCUCGACGCGCAAUCGAUCGUCCUUCUAACCAAGCCGAUCGCCCCCGCUUAUAAGGAGGAAAUAGAAACGACCGCCAGACGACUCGGAACCGAGUACGAGGAGCUUUUGAACUAUUUGACCGCCAAAGAAGUAGAAAUUAAAUUAGCGAUCGGCAGAAAACCCCAGGAACCCGUUAAAGAUGAGUUCGAGAAUCUCCAGCGGAAAAUACGAGAUAUAGAAUCCCGAGUUAUCGUCGAGCACGUCAUGUUCUCCCCCGUUGAGUCGAUGGAGAAUAAAAUUGAGGAGCUGAGGAGUCUCCGGAGGGAGUUGGAGGAGUUGCAGGCGGGGUAUGAUGAGGUGGUGAGGGCGAGGAGGCAGCGGUACGAGGCGGGGAGCGUGCAGGAGUUGAAUGUGAGGAGCAGCCUCGAGAACCUGGUGACGAAGUUCGGGGACACGCAGGUGCUGCUGGAACAGAAGAUUGACAAGCUCGAGAACGGAGUGAAGCUGGUAAAACAACUCGAAGCCGAUACGACAGAGCUGAAGCGGGGGCUGGAUAAGCUGGACAAGUUCCUCGCCGACAACGAAUUCAUACCCAUCGGGGACGUCCAACUGCUGGAGAGUUUGCUGGAUACCAGCAACAAAUACGAUGAAGAAAAAGAGAAAUACGAAACGAUAUUAAACUCGAUCGAGAAAUCUCGCGCCACGAUACUAGAAGACUGCGACGAAUCCCUCGGCAAGGCGCUCCGGUCCGACGGAGCCCCGACCAAACGGUUUCUCGACGCCACGAACCGAGCUCGCACCUUAAACGAAGGGUUAAGGAGGGCUCUGGAGCGCACCGAGAGUGUGUUCAGACAGAUAGCCGACACUGAGAGCUGGCUGAAGGAGUUGGAGGCGCAGAUCCCCAAGGAGGAGGAUUGUAGGAUAUCGGACUCGGCCGAGCUGUAUAAGGUUAAGAUGGUGUUCCAGACGCUUAAGGACAAGUGCGAUGAUAAGACGCAGGAGUUUAGGAACCUGAACGAAGCCGGCAACGAUAUGAUGCUCGCGGCGGAGGAGCGCCGACCGGCGGCGCUGGCUCGCCGGCUCACGGCGCUGUCGGCGCGGUGGACGGACGUCACGCGCGGCGUUUACGAACGAUACAAGGUGCUGGCGGAGGCGUGGCACGAGACGGGGGAGCUGCGCGCGUGGCUGGCGCAGGAGGCGGCGUGGCUGGACGGGUUAGAGCGGCGACUACGCUCGAGGCACCAACCGGCUGAUGCCGAGGAACUCUCCGCACAACUAUACGAUUUGGAGAGCUACAUGCGCAACCACUCGUCGCUCCGCCUGUCGCGGAUCCAGGACGUGGGCCGGCAGCUGGCCGACGCGCACAUCAUGGCCGGCUGGAUCCGCGCCGAGAUACAUGCGCUGCAGGACCGCUGGAAUACUCUGCAGGCCGAGGCUAUGUCCCGCACGGCGACGCUGGAACGCGCGGCGCGCGAGGCGGCGCAGUGCGAGGUGGCCGCGGAGCGCCUGCAGCAGUGGCUGCGGCGCGCGCAGGCCCGGCUGCGGGAUGCCGACGACGGAGAUCACCAGGAGCUCGUGGAGCAAGUAGAAACACAGCGCGAGUCCCUCAAGGAGAUCGAGACUCAAGUGGAGGCCUACCGCGCCGCCGCGAGGCCGGAGGCCGCCGAGCGGCUGCAGCACCAACUCGACUUACUGCGUCAUCAGCUCGAAGAGUGCGUCGAACGCCUGUCCACCCUGGGCACUCCAGAAGCCAGUGAAGAGGACGACAGUCUCGAAGGCAGGCUGUCCCGCGCCAUGCGCACACUCAGAGCCGUCCAGACCGGCGCAGACCGGGAGUUGGCGCUCAGCUCGGCGCAGCCCGACGCCGUCCGCGCCGUGCUGCGGCGCUGUCUGAAAUUCUACCGCACCCUGAGCGAGAUCAAGUCCGAAGUCGAGUCGGUGAUCAAAACUGGCCGCAAGAUGGCCGAAGACGAGGACGGACGCGAGCUGUCACCCCGCAUCGACGCCCUAAAGGAACUGUACAACCGGCUCGGCGCACAAGUCACCGAGUCCAAGACUAGAUUGGAAAAUGCCUUGUUAACAGCCAGGGAGAUACACAACGAUCUAGGCGCUCUAGGGACUUGGUUGGACGGACUAGGUGCCGGCGUCGGCCGCCAGACCUUGGAGCUCGAAAUGUCCCGCAUGGAAGCCAUUAAAGACAAACUGAACGCCAACCACCGCGAGUACGCCAAGAGCUGCGACCCCGCCAGCCUCGCCGAGUUGCGCGAACAGGUAGACGAAAUCAACGCGCGGUGGGAGCGAUUAAAAAAGCACGGAGUAACCAAAGAUGAAAGCUCUCCUCAGAAAUUCUUAGACGACGUCGCUCGAGAGCUAACCAGCCAAGCGACCCUAACAGAUGCUAAAUUACGCGCGUUGGAUGGAGAACUACGCGCGCGCGCCAGCGAUAUUCGUGCGACGAACGAUCCGGCCCUCGUUAAGCAAUUGGAUAAAUUGAUUUCCGACGUCGAGGCGCCGCGCGGCUACGAGCGCGUGUCCGACACCGUGAAGCGGCGGCUCGAGUCCCCCGCCCCCGCCCCCGCCCCCGCCCCGCAGCCCAAGCGCUCGCGGAUCCCCCUCGCGCUGCACAGCCCCGUCCCCGUGCGCAGGGAGCUUCAGCAGCGCGAGCGCGCCGUGUCCGCCCCCACCACCCCCGACCCUCCUCGCCGCGACAGCAGCACCUUCAACCUGCUCGCCGACAGCGACCUCUUCACGCAGAUAUCCCGAGGCAAAGUUGAAGUCGAGCGCCAGAAAGUCGACCGACCGAAAGCGGAACGACCGAAGCAUGUCGUAGCGGUUCGGGAGCGCGAGAUCGUCAAAGCCACUAUUAGCCCGGUUGAACCGGAGUUAAUACCCGGCGAGGAGGCUCUACACUUCGUCCCGCGGCGCGCCGAGGUAGUAGAGGUUGUGGACGAUACGGUCGAACCGGCCGAGCGGUCGCACGAGAGACGCCCGUCCGUCGAUCUUGGCACGGAGCCGAAAACGUUCGUCGUUGAGGUCAAAACUUUGGAGCACCGGAUGAAACCGACUCUAGGUAUCCUCAAGCGCCGGAGCGCCGAUGAUACACCCAAAUCGGUCAAGAUCAGUAUGGCCGCCCCCGAUGUUAUACCUUCUUUGGAACCUCAGGAAGGAACGAACACCCCCCCUCCGACACCCAUGGAUGGCGCAGUGGUCCAGUGCCCGUUGAUGUUCGAUCUGAGCUUGAGGCAGCACGCGGCCCUCCUGAACCUUCGCAGGGAUGAAGUCAACGAGUACCUGAUCCUGGAUGAAGUACCGAGAGAACAGCCGGCGUUGCCUGAACCUUCCGCUACCGGUGAGCUCGCCACGCAUGUGCCUGAAACUACUCCUGAAGAAAAAGAGAGUGUGAUCAAAGAUGCCGACAAAGAAGAACCGGUCGAAUCGCCCGAACGAGUGGCCACAGAUGAGAAAGUCCAUGAGAUACCGCAGAAAUCCCCUUCAUCACCAGAGGAAGUUAAUGAGAUAGCAAAAGAGCAACCUGAAGUCCCACACCUUGAGGACAAAUCUAGCGACGGCGCCGAAGAGGUCAUUUACUCUGAAGUCGAAGACAUGCCUCAGUCGGCGGCCCGAAAUUCGGCGGAGCUGCCGUUGUGCACGUCCACGCCGCUGAAGGAGAUGCAGAUGGACGUGCAGCCCAAGAGGGAGAGGGACAGCAAGAGCCCCAGCCCGCGGCGGUCGCAUAUUCCGUUGAGCCGGGAGCGCCUCCGUCUGCAUACUGAGCGAUUGCAGGGAUCGGAACCUGAGUCGCCGCCAUUGUCCCCCGUCUCCGCCGGCUCUCGCGGCUCGCCCCCGCUGUCCCCGCUGUCCCCGCUGGAGGGCACCGCCCCCGAUAGUCUGCUGGGGGCGUUAGGAGCCGCCCCUGACGAGGAGCUUGAGGAGUAUGAGGCGGCGGCGACUGCAGCUGCGAGAAGGAUGGACGUCAUGAUGGUCACUGUGGGGGCUGUCGACGCGGAGAAGGACCCCGGCAAGCGGCUCGAGAUCCUGAAGCACCAGCUCGGCGCGCUGGCGCCGGAAGCGGCCGCGCUGAUCUCGCGCGGCGACAGCCUGGUGUACGCGCGCCACGCGGCCAGCCCGCUGCUGGCGGAGUACGUGCGCACGCACUCCGACCGGCUGCGGAACAAGUGGGCGCAGGUCAUGGCCGAGAUCGAGGCCAAGAGGAACGUCGCCAUCCGGGCUGAGGACAACAUCAAAGAACUCAAUACCCUCCUGGAAAGCCUGCAGCGCUGGCUGAAGCGCCUCGAAGGCGACAUCAAAGCUGAGCGCGGCCUCGUGAAGGAGGAGUUCCUCGAUCGGGAGGGCGAUGUCGAACGAGUGUCGGAGCUGUGUCGAGCUCUACGGGCAGCUAGAGUCGGAUAUCCGGAGAGAGCUGUGGCGGACUUAGGACAAGCAUGGACCAGAGCGAGACAGCUCUAUGAGGCCACUCACAAACCAAAGCGGGACAAGAAGGGCAAGAUCGACGCAAGCGAAGCGCUAUGUGGCGAGUACGUAACGCGCGCGAAUCGGUGUCGUGAACGUGUCGCCGCCGUCGCGCGCUCACUGCAGGCGCCGCCGCUCGGCACGAGGGAUUACGACGAGUUUCCUUUACAAGAGGACGCUUUAGCGAAAGUGAAGUCGUCCAUCUCAGAACUGGAGGCCGUGGUGGCUGAAACUGAGAGCGUGUUCACUUCGCUCAACCAGCAACCGAGCGACAACGCUCAAGCGACACGAGUGCGACGCAAACUACAAACCGAGUGGACAGCGCUUAAGGACAACUACAAAGAGCGCCGCGAGAGAUGGACUCGCUGCCAAGCAGAAUGGGCAGCUUUAUACGCGGCGCUAGAAGCGUGCGGAGCCUGGUUAGACAACGCCGAGCGCUCAUUGCAGCAGGCCCGGAGUAGUCAAGAACCUCUCAAGGAUUUGAAGCAGAAGCUGAGAGAUCUUGAACAGCAGAUGACAGCACGAGCGAGCGCCGUGUCGGCCGCGCGUGCCGGCGGGCGCGCCGUGCUGGGCGCGUGCGGCGGCGCGCUGGCGCGGGGCGUGCAGGACCAGCUCGAGCAGCUGCUGGCGAGGUGGCUCAAGGCGGCCGCUGACCUGCAAGCGCUGCAGCACAAGCGGCCGCUGACCUGCAAGCGCUGCAGCACAAGUGAGUCUAUAGUCUAUACUAACGCGCGCUGUGUCGGCCGCACGUGCUGGGCGCGUGCGGCGGCGCGCUGGCGCGGGGCGUGCAGGACCAGCUCGAGCAGCUGCUGGCGAGGUGGCUCAAGGCGGCCGCUGACCUGCAAGCGCUGCAGCACAAGUGAGUCUAUAGUCUAUACUAACGCGCGCUGUGUCGGCCGCACGUGCUGGGCGCGUGCGGCGGCGCGCUGGCGCGGGGCGUGCAGGACCAGCUCGAGCAGCUGCUGGCGAGGUGGCUCAAGGCGGCCGCUGACCUGCAAGCGCUGCAGCACAAGUGAGUCUAUAGUCUAUACUAACGCGCGCUGUGUCGGCCGCACGUGCUGGGCGCGUGCGGCGGCGCGCUGGCGCGGGGCGUGCAGGACCAGCUCGAGCAGCUGCUGGCGAGGUGGCUCAAGGCGGCCGCUGACCUGCAAGCGCUGCAGCACAAGUGAGUCUAUAGUCUAUACUAACGCGCGCUGUGUCGGCCGCACGUGCUGGGCGCGUGCGGCGGCGCGCUGGCGCGGGGCGUGCAGGACCAGCUCGAGCAGCUGCUGGCGAGGUGGCUCAAGGCGGCCGCUGACCUGCAAGCGCUGCAGCACAAGUGAGUCUAUAGUCUAUACUAACGCGCGCUGUGUCGGCCGCACGUGCUGGGCGCGUGCGGCGGCGCGCUGGCGCGGGGCGUGCAGGACCAGCUCGAGCAGCUGCUGGCGAGGUGGCUCAAGGCGGCCGCUGACCUGCAAGCGCUGCAGCACAAGUGAGUCUAUAGUCUAUACUAACGCGCGCUGUGUCGGCCGCACGUGCUGGGCGCGUGCGGCGGCGCGCUGGCGCGGGGCGUGCAGGACCAGCUCGAGCAGCUGCUGGCGAGGUGGCUCAAGGCGGCCGCUGACCUGCAAGCGCUGCAGCACAAGUGAGUCUAUAGUCUAUACUAACGCGCGCUGUGUCGGCCGCACGUGCUGGGCGCGUGCGGCGGCGCGCUGGCGCGGGGCGUGCAGGACCAGCUCGAGCAGCUGCUGGCGAGGUGGCUCAAGGCGGCCGCUGACCUGCAAGCGCUGCAGCACAAGUGAGUCUAUAGUCUAUACUAACGCGCGCUGUGUCGGCCGCACGUGCUGGGCGCGUGCGGCGGCGCGCUGGCGCGGGGCGUGCAGGACCAGCUCGAGCAGCUGCUGGCGAGGUGGCUCAAGGCCGCCGCUGACCUGCAAGCGCUGCAGCACAAGUGAGUCUAUAGUCUAUACUAACGCGCGCUGUGUCGGCCGCACGUGCUGGGCGCGUGCGGCGGCGCGCUGGCGCGGGGCGUGCAGGACCAGCUCGAGCAGCUGCUGGCGAGGUGGCUCAAGGCCGCCGCUGACCUGCAAGCGCUGCAGCACAAGUGAGUCUAUAGUCUAUACUAACGCGCGCUGUGUCGGCCGCACGUGCUGGGCGCGUGCGGCGGCGCGCUGGCGCGGGGCGUGCAGGACCAGCUCGAGCAGCUGCUGGCGAGGUGGCUCAAGGCGGCCGCUGACCUGCAAGCGCUGCAGCACAAGUGAGUCUAUAGUCUAUACUAACGCGCGCUGUGUCGGCCGCACGUGCUGGGCGCGUGCGGCGGCGCGCUGGCGCGGGGCGUGCAGGACCAGCUCGAGCAGCUGCUGGCGAGGUGGCUCAAGGCCGCCGCUGACCUGCAAGCGCUGCAGCACAAGUGAGUCUAUAGUCUAUACUAACGCGCGCUGUGUCGGCCGCACGUGCUGGGCGCGUGCGGCGGCGCGCUGGCGCGGGGCGUGCAGGACCAGCUCGAGCAGCUGCUGGCGAGGUGGCUCAAGGCCGCCGCUGACCUGCAAGCGCUGCAGCACAAGUGAGUCUAUAGUCUAUACUAACGCGCGCUGUGUCGGCCGCACGUGCUGGGCGCGUGCGGCGGCGCGCUGGCGCGGGGCGUGCAGGACCAGCUCGAGCAGCUGCUGGCGAGGUGGCUCAAGGCCGCCGCUGAUCUGCAAGCGCUGCAGCACAAGUGAGUCUAUAGUCUAUACUAACGCGCGCUGUGUCGGCCGCACGUGCUGGGCGCGUGCGGCGGCGCGCUGGCGCGGGGCGUGCAGGACCAGCUCGAGCAGCUGCUGGCGAGGUGGCUCAAGGCCGCCGCUGACCUGCAAGCGCUGCAGCACAAGUGAGUCUAUAGUCUAUACUAACGCGCGCUGUGUCGGCCGCACGUGCUGGGCGCGUGCGGCGGCGCGCUGGCGCGGGGCGUGCAGGACCAGCUCGAGCAGCUGCUGGCGAGGUGGCUCAAGGCCGCCGCUGACCUGCAAGCGCUGCAGCACAAGUGAGUCUAUAGUCUAUACUAACGCGCGCUGUGUCGGCCGCACGUGCUGGGCGCGUGCGGCGGCGCGCUGGCGCGGGGCGUGCAGGACCAGCUCGAGCAGCUGCUGGCGAGGUGGCUCAAGGCCGCCGCUGACCUGCAAGCGCUGCAGCACAAGUGAGUCUAUAGUCUAUACUAACGCGCGCUGUGUCGGCCGCACGUGCUGGGCGCGUGCGGCGGCGCGCUGGCGCGGGGCGUGCAGGACCAGCUCGAGCAGCUGCUGGCGAGGUGGCUCAAGGCGGCCGCUGACCUGCAAGCGCUGCAGCACAAGUGAGUCUAUAGUCUAUACUAACGCGCGCUGUGUCGGCCGCACGUGCUGGGCGCGUGCGGCGGCGCGCUGGCGCGGGGCGUGCAGGACCAGCUCGAGCAGCUGCUGGCGAGGUGGCUCAAGGCCGCCGCUGACCUGCAAGCGCUGCAGCACAAGUGAGUCUAUAGUCUAUACUAACGCGCGCUGUGUCGGCCGCACGUGCUGGGCGCGUGCGGCGGCGCGCUGGCGCGGGGCGUGCAGGACCAGCUCGAGCAGCUGCUGGCGAGGUGGCUCAAGGCCGCCGCUGACCUGCAAGCGCUGCAGCACAAGUGAGUCUAUAGUCUAUACUAACGCGCGCUGUGUCGGCCGCACGUGCUGGGCGCGUGCGGCGGCGCGCUGGCGCGGGGCGUGCAGGACCAGCUCGAGCAGCUGCUGGCGAGGUGGCUCAAGGCGGCCGCUGACCUGCAAGCGCUGCAGCACAAGUGAGUCUAUAGUCUAUACUAACGCGCGCUGUGUCGGCCGCACGUGCUGGGCGCGUGCGGCGGCGCGCUGGCGCGGGGCGUGCAGGACCAGCUCGAGCAGCUGCUGGCGAGGUGGCUCAAGGCCGCCGCUGACCUGCAAGCGCUGCAGCACAAGUGAGUCUAUAGUCUAUACUAACGCGCGCUGUGUCGGCCGCACGUGCUGGGCGCGUGCGGCGGCGCGCUGGCGCGGGGCGUGCAGGACCAGCUCGAGCAGCUGCUGGCGAGGUGGCUCAAGGCCGCCGCUGAUCUGCAAGCGCUGCAGCACAAGUGAGUCUAUAGUCUAUACUAACGCGCGCUGUGUCGGCCGCACGUGCUGGGCGCGUGCGGCGGCGCGCUGGCGCGGGGCGUGCAGGACCAGCUCGAGCAGCUGCUGGCGAGGUGGCUCAAGGCCGCCGCUGACCUGCAAGCGCUGCAGCACAAGUGAGUCUAUAGUCUAUACUAACGCGCGCUGUGUCGGCCGCACGUGCUGGGCGCGUGCGGCGGCGCGCUGGCGCGGGGCGUGCAGGACCAGCUCGAGCAGCUGCUGGCGAGGUGGCUCAAGGCCGCCGCUGACCUGCAAGCGCUGCAGCACAAGUGAGUCUAUAGUCUAUACUAACGCGCGCUGUGUCGGCCGCACGUGCUGGGCGCGUGCGGCGGCGCGCUGGCGCGGGGCGUGCAGGACCAGCUCGAGCAGCUGCUGGCGAGGUGGCUCAAGGCCGCCGCUGACCUGCAAGCGCUGCAGCACAAGUGAGUCUAUAGUCUAUACUAACGCGCGCUGUGUCGGCCGCACGUGCUGGGCGCGUGCGGCGGCGCGCUGGCGCGGGGCGUGCAGGACCAGCUCGAGCAGCUGCUGGCGAGGUGGCUCAAGGCCGCCGCUGACCUGCAAGCGCUGCAGCACAAGUGAGUCUAUAGUCUAUACUAACGCGCGCUGUGUCGGCCGCACGUGCUGGGCGCGUGCGGCGGCGCGCUGGCGCGGGGCGUGCAGGACCAGCUCGAGCAGCUGCUGGCGAGGUGGCUCAAGGCCGCCGCUGACCUGCAAGCGCUGCAGCACAAGUGAGUCUAUAGUCUAUACUAACGCGCGCUGUGUCGGCCGCACGUGCUGGGCGCGUGCGGCGGCGCGCUGGCGCGGGGCGUGCAGGACCAGCUCGAGCAGCUGCUGGCGAGGUGGCUCAAGGCGGCCGCUGACCUGCAAGCGCUGCAGCACAAGUGAGUCUAUAGUCUAUACUAACGCGCGCUGUGUCGGCCGCACGUGCUGGGCGCGUGCGGCGGCGCGCUGGCGCGGGGCGUGCAGGACCAGCUCGAGCAGCUGCUGGCGAGGUGGCUCAAGGCGGCCGCUGACCUGCAAGCGCUGCAGCACAAGUGAGUCUAUAGUCUAUACUAACGCGCGCUGUGUCGGCCGCACGUGCUGGGCGCGUGCGGCGGCGCGCUGGCGCGGGGCGUGCAGGACCAGCUCGAGCAGCUGCUGGCGAGGUGGCUCAAGGCGGCCGCUGACCUGCAAGCGCUGCAGCACAAGUGAGUCUAUAGUCUAUACUAACGCGCGCUGUGUCGGCCGCACGUGCUGGGCGCGUGCGGCGGCGCGCUGGCGCGGGGCGUGCAGGACCAGCUCGAGCAGCUGCUGGCGAGGUGGCUCAAGGCGGCCGCUGACCUGCAAGCGCUGCAGCACAAGUGAGUCUAUAGUCUAUACUAACGCGCGCUGUGUCGGCCGCACGUGCUGGGCGCGUGCGGCGGCGCGCUGGCGCGGGGCGUGCAGGACCAGCUCGAGCAGCUGCUGGCGAGGUGGCUCAAGGCGGCCGCUGACCUGCAAGCGCUGCAGCACAAGUGAGUCUAUAGUCUAUACUAACGCGCGCUGUGUCGGCCGCACGUGCUGGGCGCGUGCGGCGGCGCGCUGGCGCGGGGCGUGCAGGACCAGCUCGAGCAGCUGCUGGCGAGGUGGCUCAAGGCGGCCGCUGACCUGCAAGCGCUGCAGCACAAGUGAGUCUAUAGUCUAUACUAACGCGCGCUGUGUCGGCCGCACGUGCUGGGCGCGUGCGGCGGCGCGCUGGCGCGGGGCGUGCAGGACCAGCUCGAGCAGCUGCUGGCGAGGUGGCUCAAGGCGGCCGCUGACCUGCAAGCGCUGCAGCACAAGUGAGUCUAUAGUCUAUACUAACGCGCGCUGUGUCGGCCGCACGUGCUGGGCGCGUGCGGCGGCGCGCUGGCGCGGGGCGUGCAGGACCAGCUCGAGCAGCUGCUGGCGAGGUGGCUCAAGGCGGCCGCUGACCUGCAAGCGCUGCAGCACAAGUGAGUCUAUAGUCUAUACUAACGCGCGCUGUGUCGGCCGCACGUGCUGGGCGCGUGCGGCGGCGCGCUGGCGCGGGGCGUGCAGGACCAGCUCGAGCAGCUGCUGGCGAGGUGGCUCAAGGCGGCCGCUGACCUGCAAGCGCUGCAGCACAAGUGAGUCUAUAGUCUAUACUAACGCGCGCUGUGUCGGCCGCACGUGCUGGGCGCGUGCGGCGGCGCGCUGGCGCGGGGCGUGCAGGACCAGCUCGAGCAGCUGCUGGCGAGGUGGCUCAAGGCGGCCGCUGACCUGCAAGCGCUGCAGCACAAGUGAGUCUAUAGUCUAUACUAACGCGCGCUGUGUCGGCCGCACGUGCUGGGCGCGUGCGGCGGCGCGCUGGCGCGGGGCGUGCAGGACCAGCUCGAGCAGCUGCUGGCGAGGUGGCUCAAGGCGGCCGCUGACCUGCAAGCGCUGCAGCACAAGUGAGUCUAUAGUCUAUACUAACGCGCGCUGUGUCGGCCGCACGUGCUGGGCGCGUGCGGCGGCGCGCUGGCGCGGGGCGUGCAGGACCAGCUCGAGCAGCUGCUGGCGAGGUGGCUCAAGGCGGCCGCUGACCUGCAAGCGCUGCAGCACAAGUGAGUCUAUAGUCUAUACUAACGCGCGCUGUGUCGGCCGCACGUGCUGGGCGCGUGCGGCGGCGCGCUGGCGCGGGGCGUGCAGGACCAGCUCGAGCAGCUGCUGGCGAGGUGGCUCAAGGCGGCCGCUGACCUGCAAGCGCUGCAGCACAAGUGAGUCUAUAGUCUAUACUAACGCGCGCUGUGUCGGCCGCACGUGCUGGGCGCGUGCGGCGGCGCGCUGGCGCGGGGCGUGCAGGACCAGCUCGAGCAGCUGCUGGCGAGGUGGCUCAAGGCGGCCGCUGACCUGCAAGCGCUGCAGCACAAACGUGCUGGGCGCGUGCGGCGGCGCGCUGGCGCGGGGCGUGCAGGACCAGCUCGAGCAGCUGCUGGCGAGGUGGCUCAAGGCGGCCGCUGACCUGCAAGCGCUGCAGCACAAGGUAUCUUCGCUUGAGACAUCCCGGGAUUCCCCGCGGGACGCCGAAGAAUCCCUGGCGGGCGUCCGGGCGCUGUUAGAUACUACUAGCGCCAACCCCUCGGACCGAACUAGUCUGUCCGUGCGACUCAGCCUCGUUAAGGCGCGCUCGGAGGAGCUGGGCGCGCGGCUGCAGGACGCCGGGCCGAUGCAGGCGCAAGUGCAGCAGGCAUGUGCAGCACUCGGCGCGCACCGCGACUUCCUCUCCCAAAAGCUGGCCGCGCUGGGCAAGUUUGCCGCGCGACUAGAUGCCGCCGCGGCACGCGUCCAAGCCGCUCGAGCGCGGCUCUCUGCUGCGCCGCAAGACCCGGCUGCCGUCGCUGAAGUACAAGAGCUGAUUAGCUCGCAAGAAACGGAAGUGCGCGAGGUGCUCGAGAACUACAACAACCUGGAGCGCGAGUGCGGCGCCGCGCGGCAAGCCGUCGCGCCGGCGCUGCGCGAGCGGGCUGCCGGGCUGCGACAGGACUGGGCCGCACUGCGGGGCCACGAGCUGCCGACGGUGGUGAGCGAGACCCCGCGCCGCGGGUCCGACACGCCCGGCGAGCGCAAGGGCUCCGUCGACAGCCAGGCCAGCGAUUGGAGCGGCCGUGCGUCUGGUCGCCGGCGCUCGGCACACUCCCAGGCGCCGGCUGUGCUGCUCGCGCACUUUGACACCACCGUGUCUCAGAUCCGCGAGUGGGUGUCGUGCGAAACGGAGAUGCUGCGCGCACAAGCCGUGGCCGUGGGCGAUGUGGACGACAUCCUCAAUCAGCUGGACAAGCAGAAGGGUGUGCUGCGUGAGCUGGAGCAGAAGAAGCCGCAGCUGGACGAGCUGCUGCACACCGCCGAGAGUCUGAAGGGCACCGAGAACCGGCAGCAGCUUCAUGGCAAAGUAACUGCCCUUCGCGAGCACUGGGAUGAGGCCAACGCGCGCGUGCUCCAGCGCAAGGCUCAGCUCGACGCCAUGUUGGGUGACAGCCAGCGGUACGAGGCGAGGCGACGAGACGCCGACGCCUGGCUGACGAGAAUGGAGGCGAGGCUGGCUGCUAUGGCGCAGCCGGGGCAUACGGCUGACGUGCUUGAGAUGCAGCUGCGAGAACAGAAGGUAAGAUGA